CCUGAAUCCAGAGAGAAAGGCCUAUUUUAGCUACAGCUACAGUUCAAUACAAACUGCAUACACUGCACAGGAAUUGCUGUCAUAACUCUGCAUCAUGUCGUCAACAACAGCGCGCAUCGACGACCCAACACAAGACACCCCGUCAGACAACGUCGACGCCGUACAGGUGCAACAAGAGAUUCAGAGGCUCGCCGCUACUCAGCAAAACGACGAGCUGUACAACGACGAAGACGAGGAUGAGGAUGACGAGUACCUGCAGCAGUAUGAGUUGGAUAGCGAGGAGGAGGAUGCUUAUCUAGCCGAACUUGGAGUGGAAGAUCUGAACAUCGAGGAUGAGGAUUGGGAAGUGGCGGAUGGUGACUUUACCAAACUCUACAACCGAAUGAGGCAACAUCAAAAAGUCCUCUCCACCCUCCCUACCACACGUAACGGAACCCAGGGGAUCAAGGGAGAAGCCGAUACCGAGGCCGACAUGCCCCUUCCAGCGCGAAACGUCCGAAGAGGAGGCGCUGGGGUAGAAGAGGACGAAGAGGGAAGUGGGAUCGGGAAGGGCUUGACGCCGAGGCAGAGGAGGGCGGUGGAGAGGCGUUUACAGAGACAGAGGGAGGAACGUGGUGAAGAGGAACAGGUGGCAGGACCUAGUUCAGGCGAGGGAGUGAACAACCACACUCAAACGCCCUCGAUAAAACGAAAACCUGCCCAUUCAGGCGGGAUCCCUUCCAACCCAGGUUUACUCGGUGGGGUUCCCUCUGCACCCAAACAUUUCUCACUUUCCGCCAACCAGAAAGACAAAGCCGACCGAGCGACGGUCGAACAAGUCCUCGACUCCCGAACACGGGCCGUACUGGUCUCGCUCAUCCGAAGGGGACUCGUUGGUGGUGUCCAGGGAUGCGUCUCUACAGGGAAAGAAGCCAAUGUGUAUUUCGCUCCCGGCCCAGAAAACUCACCGGAAGAGAUCGGAGAGGGGAAAUCUUAUCCCAAACCAUACCCCAAAGACCUGGCCCUCAAGAUCUACAAGACUUCCAUCCUCAGCUUCAAGUCACGCAGUCAAUACAUUCAAGGUGAACAUCGGUUCAGGAACGCUUAUACCAAAGUGGCAAAUCCGAGAAAGAUGGUCAAGGUCUGGGCGGAAAAGGAAUUGAGAAACCUGAGGAGGUUGUAUGAGGGUGGGGUGAGGUGCCCGAGGGUGGUUGAUGUCAGGGAGAACGUGCUGGUCAUGGAAUUCCUGGGUUCAGCGCCGUCGAUCGAGGAACAGGGUGGACAGGUGCUCAUCGCAUCCCAGCCGCGUUCGGGUGACGAUGACGUGCACGAGGACGAUUCGAGCGACAUGCUGAAGAAUGGCAAGGGACAAGCAGGGGAUCAAGACGAGGCGGAAUCUUCGCGCGCCAGUAAACGGCUAAAGGACGCCGAUGUAGAUUUGGAAGAGCUGAGAGAGCUCUAUGCCGAGUUGUUGGGUGCCAUGAGGUGGAUGUUCAGGAGGUGUCGCUUGGUACAUACGGAUCUGAGCGAGUACAAUAUCUUAUACCACGAUGCGCACCUGUACAUCAUCGACGUCUCCCAAUCGGUCGAGCACGAUCAUCCAUCGGCUUUCGAUUUCCUGCGGCACGAUAUCAAGAACGUCGACGAAUUCUUCAAGAGACGUUCAGGAGGCGAUAUCCGUACGCUAGGGAUCAGGGGAACGUUCGAUUUCGUGACAGGGGAUCGACUUGACCGGUUCGACGAUGAUGGAAACAAGCAAGGGUCGAUAGGCGAGGAUGAGGAGACCGAGGAUGUGCUCAAGGAGGUCGCCAGAGAAUGGCUAGAAUCCGGCGUCGGACUCAAGGACGACAGGCUGGACAGCUCGUCCGGCCUUACAACAACGGCGGCACAGGAUGCAGCACAGCAGGAAGCAGGGAGGAAGGAGACGGACGAGGCCGUGUUCAUGUCCUCGUACAUUCCUCGGAAUCUUGGAGAGGUUUACGAUCCAGAACGUGAUAUCGAUGUGAUCGCAGCGGGCAAGGGGGACGACUUGAUCUACGCCGGUCUUACCGGCGUGACGGGUACGAACGGUUCUUCGGGCAUGACGGGUCGACCGAAGUCGGCCUUGAAGACAGGGGCCGAUACGACCGCCGACGAUGGUAAAAAAGGAGGCGUCAAGUGGGAAGACGAGCAGGAUGACGAAGAUAGUGAAGAGGAAGAUGGGGACGAGGACGAUGACGACGAUAAGGAGAAGCGACCUCGAGGAUUCCGUCACGAGGAUAAGGACGCAAAGAAGGAGAGGAAGAAGGCGCUCAAAGAGGAAAAGCGAGAGAAGCGGCAGACCAAGAUGCCCAAGGCCGAGAAGGCACGCCGGAUCAAGCAGACCGCGCAUAGUAAAUAGGGGACGUGGUUGAUUCCAGGAAGCGUCCAUGUACAAUACGGAGGCUUCGCUGAGGUCUUUGCAAUGAUGCUGAAUAACGAUUGUGCUACAUGUGAU